AGAUGCGCAGAUUGAAGCAGCGAGUGCGAACGACGGCUGCGCGUCGAGGCUCCGCUGCAGGUGUCCAGCUGUGGGAGCUGGGCUUCUCCACUGUGGGGCUGACUGCGUGACGCGCCACAUGGAGUCAGACUCCACGAUGCAAUAAAGAGGCAGUGGCAGCUCGGACCAUGUAACAGUUCAGUCUGAACCCAGCAGACAACAAGCCGCGGAUGUCAGUGACGCGUCCACUACUUCAGGCUCACACCAAGCGUGAAGGAGGUUUUCAGGAGCUUUUAUUUCGUUGAAAGCCAUGGGCAGCAGGACCCUCGCAGCGCCGGUGCCCUUCUACCCGUCCAUCCAACUGGCCAACUACUCGCUCCUGCAGAGCUCCGCUGGCCUCCAGCUGCCGGUGGAUCACUUCCACGGCUUCUACAGCUUCAGCGCGCUCCACGCCAUCCACUUCCACCAGUUCACCCUGGACUGCCCGGCUGUGAUCGUACCUCGCUGCACUCUGUCCAAGCUGCCUGCCGGCCUGAGCUCCACGUCCCCCAUCCCCAUGUUCCCCCACAUUCUGCUGCCCAAGCAGAACUCCAGGACCAAGCCCCGCUUUGACUUUGCCAACCUGGCAGCCGCAGCCACGCAGGACGACGCUCUGAAGGCGGAGGACCUGAGCAUGGAGGGAGCCGCUGAGGCCACUGAGGUCUCGGCUGGCCUGGGGCGUCUGCUGGACACCACCAAACUCUCCUCAUCGGAGCGCAAGUCCAGCAGAGGCCGACACCCGUCCAAGACCAAGAAGGAGUUCAUCUGCAAGUUCUGUGGACGCCACUUCACCAAGUCCUACAACCUGCUGAUUCACGAGAGAACUCACACGGAUGAGAGGCCGUACACGUGUGACAUCUGUCACAAGGCUUUCAGACGGCAGGACCAUCUGAGAGACCACAGGUACAUUCACUCCAAAGAAAAGCCCUUCAAAUGUCAGGAGUGUGGCAAAGGCUUCUGUCAGUCCAGGACUCUGGCCGUCCACAAAACAUUGCACAUGCAGGUCAAGGAGCUGAAGCCAUCCAAAAUAUGAACCUGAUGGACAUUAAUGAAACUCAGUGAAAACAUCUGUGAUCAAAGCCAAACUAGCAUUUAUGCAUUUCUCUCAUAUCCCAGUAUUCUGAUGGUGUUUUUGUAUGAAUGCAUUGCUUCAAUGUAUUUUUGCACUUUAACCUGAUAACUGAUUAUUUGCAUAUAUCACUGGAUUUCCUGAUCAUAUUUUAACAAUCAUUAAUCAUUUCUAAAUAAAAUAUUUUACUACC